AUGUCGCGGAUCACCCUUGCCUUAGCAGCUCUGCUUAUCGACAGUCUCAGUGGCUUCGACCACGAGUUACAUCACAACAAGCCGGUCUCACUGGUCCUCCCUAAGGGCCCGUUUAUCCUACAUGAAAGACUUUUCCAAGCUCGCAAUGGAGUGGUAUUCCGAGUGACCGAUUCCAACAAGAACGACUACGCCCUUAAGGCUGUGUCCCUACCUGUGGACACGGACCAGGAGAGGAAGAUUCACACGCUGGGCCAGUUCAACAGAGAGAAGAUGUGGUUCGGAAAGACCAACACGGUCCAGUGCGCUGCUAUAGGUUCUGCUAAGCCUGGUCAGACCGUCACCUGUCCAAACCACCACGUGCUCUACGGGUUUGGUCACGACGUCAGUGACAUUCAAUACGAGAACGGCACUAAAGUCCCUGUCACCAGUGGUGUCACCAUGGUCGUUCCCAAGGCAUCUGGCCGGAAAUCUGAGGACGUCAAGAACAUAUAUUUCGGGAGUAACAUCUUGAUGCAGUACAUGCCUGGUGGUCGCCUUGUCGAUCUCCUUCAACCAGCAGCAGACCAACAGGGCUACAUUGGAGAGUUCUCUAGCAUGAUCACGAGGUUCCCUCUGUUCCAGAAGAUCGCCCCUCAGCUGGUCACCAGUCUUAGAUUUCUCCACUCGAAAGCCCACAUGAUUCAUUUGGGCAUGUCACCAAAAACAGUCCUAUGCUCCGAUAAUAAGUGCAGUGACGCGGCCAUAUUUGAGUACUUCAAUACUUGGGAUGGGAAGGUUCCCACUCCGAGCACCCCACCGGCGGCUAGCGAGCUCAUGCAGGACUCAGUAGUCCUCGCCACUGGAGCUGAGGACGGGAAAAACUCGGAGACUAAGGAAAUUCGCAGUUUACUGAGCAGCCCUUCCCUUACCUUCGACGAGGCAAAGAGUGUGGACUGGUAUGCCCUCGGUGGCACUCUGUUCAACAUCAUUUCCGGCACCAGAGCAGUGGUGGAUGAACGCAAGUUGAAUAAUCCUUCGGUUGCUCUACAGGCCGAGAAGGUCGUGGCCCCUGAGGUAAGACCACCAGGACCAGCGUGGAAGGACCAACAUAUUGCUGUUCAGAACAAGAAGCGCAAUAGUGCUGUCCACAUGCUCACCGCGUCUCUGUCCAAGUCGAUGAGAUCUGAGGUGGUCGAGUCGAUGCUCCUGAUCGACGGACUCCUUCAAGAGGACCGUAAGCGCCGUAUCUCAUUCGACAUUGAGGACGCCACGACACCCGCGGUCCAGCAGAAGGAGGCGGUCGCCAAGCAGAGCCUCAGAGCUGGCAGAAGAACGUCCCUGCAGAAAGCCGCCGUCCCUGAUGUUAUUGAGGCACCGAUCCCCCAUGUGACCAACACGACUGGCGUGAACUGUGGGGAGUAUAUGAAACAAGGAGGAAGCCAAGUCGGGAAGAAUUCCCAUUUGGGCGCCUUCACACCUAAUCGUAAGAACGCCAGGAUCUAUACUCCCACGUUCAUGAAAGGCAUGUGUGUGCCAGUAUGA